AUGGCUUUAGCUGAAACCGUGCUACGUAAAAUCCACAAACUUGGAUUGAUCCCCAAAAUCAUCAAGUUCCUACCACUAUGUUCAUUCUUAUUAGCCGUGUCCAGUAUACUUUACUUAAUUCUGUUGCCCAUGGAUGGUAAUUAUCGAAACACAUAUAUAUCUGAAAAUGCGUUAAUGCCAGCACAAGUCACUUCAUAUUUUAGAGAAAGUGAAUGGAAUAUAGUUAGAGGAUACCGUGAAUCAAUUACCAAGUUAUCUGACCAAGAUGUAAGUUCUAGAAACAAGAUUCUUGAAUCAUGGCUUGAACAACUAGGAUUGACUACUUCAUACCAUGUUAAUGGCUUCGCUAAUGAUACUCUCUAUGCAAUUAUGCAUGCACCAAGAGGUGAAAAUACAGAAGCAAUGGCAUUGGUUGUUCCUUGGGCCACCAGUGAAGGAAAGUAUAAUAGUGGUGCUAUGGCCUUGGCUAUGGGUUUGGCCAGAUAUUUCACAAGAAUGUCAAUUUGGAGUAAGAAUAUUGUGUUUGUGUUUCCACCAGAUUCAAGAAAAUCUCUACGAUCAUGGGUUGACGCGUACCAUACGGAUCUUGAUGAAACCGCUGGUUCUAUUGAAGCUGCGGUUGUGCUUGAAUAUGAUGAGACAUUGGGUGAUUAUUUUGAAUUUAUAGAUAUGUUUUAUCAUGGAUUAAAUGGACAAUUCCCUAACCUUGAUUUAUUAAAUACAGCCAAUGUUAUCAAUUACCACGAAAAUAUCAAAGUUUCAAUUGAAGGUAUUGACAAUAAAAACAUUGAUUAUACUACCAGAUUGUUAACUUUAGUUAAAGGUAUCAUCCUGUCUUGUUUGACUGGAUUAACCCAAGAGAACACCAAUGGAUGUGAAGAAUUUUCUGGUUGGCAGAUCCAAGCAAUUACUUUAAGAGCAAGAACCAAAGAUAAAGGUGAAGAACAUAGAGAUAUUACUCAACUUGGUAGAGUGGUUGAUGGUACCUUCAGAAGUGUCAACAAUUUGUUGGAAAAGUUUCAUCAAUCAUUUUUCUUUUACUUGUUAAUGUCUUCAAAGAAUUUCAUUUCAAUUGGUACUUAUUUACCUGCUGCAGUUAUCCUAGCCGUUAGUCUUGCCAUUAGUGCAUUAAGUGCAAUUUUAAGCAUUGACAGAAACGAAGCCAUAUCUAAUUUAUCAUUUAUCUUGAGAACAUUUACCUAUGUAGAAAUUGUCUGUUUAGGGUUGGCACUCAGUAUCCCUAAGUUGGUAGCUACAAGUGAAGGAGAUCAGGUUUCUGCAGUAUCAUUGCUCGUAUUGCUGAGUUUAGGAUUUCUUUCAGUGGGUUCUAUAUUUUUCAAGAAGAGAUUAUCCAAGACAAUUACAUUUUCAUUGAUUUCUUUGUCUUUAUUGUUGAUUAGUUUGUUGAUUACUGCAUUACUUAUUGUUCAUUUUUCGCUUGCAUUAAUGAUUGGUAUUUUAGUGUUACCCUUGACUUUUGUACCUACUUUAAUGAACCAGUUUACAGGACAAGACUUUAAGGACAAGGCAUACAUUGGUACUAUUAUUUGUUUAAUCGUUUCCAAUCCUUUCUUUGUUGUAUUAACAGCUGGAAAUGUCUUGGGUAACGGCAGUGACUUAUUUGAAGGGUUGGUGCUUGCAUGGAACGAUUUACAAUGUUGGACUUGGCUCGUGGUUAUCCUUGGAUGGUUCCCAUGUUGGAUAGUCAUAACUGGUUGUUUUAUGUUCUACAAAAUUGAUAUUGAUGAACUUCUCAAAAAGAAGUUGCAAUGA